UCCAUAUCGCCAGUUGCAUUUGUCCUUCUCCACAGCACUCGACGGUGCUGACCUAGCUUGAGAGACCCAGAGAGAAAGUUCAAAGAGAAAGCUUUUGAUAGUGGUGGCAGUAAAAGGUUUUUAGGAUCUUUCAAUCUUUAACCGCGAUCCUCAGGUCCCUUGUUGGCUUUCUGCUGUGAAUCUUGAUCAUUUCAGGUUUAGGAGACAAGAAAGGACAUUCUGGGGAUGUCUACUCUCAGCAAAGAGCUUGUCUUCUUAAUCUUGCAGUAUUUGGAGGAGGAAGGUUUCAGAAAAGCUGCUCACAUACUUGAGCGCGAAAGUGGAUACUACUUUGACAUGAAAUAUUUUGAGGAAUUGGUGCUUGGUGGGGAAUGGGAUGAGGCUGAGAGUUAUUUUUCUGGUUUCACAAGUGCCAGUGACAAUAGGCACUCGACCAAGGUUUAUUUUGAAAUCAGGAAGCAGAAUUUUAUCGAGGCACUUGACAAUAAUGAUCGAGAACAGGCGUUAGGUAUACUCAUGAAGAGACUAAAAGUUUUUGCCCCAGAUCAUGAGGAGAUGUUCAAAGAAAUGACUCUGCUAUUAACAUUCAACGAUAUAAGGGAACAUGAUGCACUUUCUGGAUAUGGAGAUACGAAGUCUGCAAGAAUGAUGUUGAUGUGUGAACUCAAGAAAAUUAUUGAGGCAAAUCCUAUUUUCCAUGGCAAACUGAAGUUUCCUAGCAUCCAAAGUCAGAGGUUGCGUCGUCUCAUUAACCAAAGCUUGAAUUGGCAGCAUUUACGUUGUAAAGAUCCUCAUCCAAAUCCUGAUAUAAAAACCCUUUUGAUGGAUCAUGUUUGUCAACCACAACACAACUUUUCAUGUGCCCAAUCAACUGAGAACAAUUCAUUGCCUUCUCAAGCCACAUCACUUCCAGUUCCAACUUCUUCUGACGAUUGGAAUUCCAGUCCAUCUACCAUAACAAAAUCUGCUUUUCUUGGAGCUGUCUGUCAUGGUGCUCCAAAGAACGCAGCUACAGCUGUGGAGGUUCUCGAGGAUUCUGAUAAAAUGUCCACAGGAAGGCCCUCUGGCACCUUGGAUGAGGCGACUUCAAUUGUCACUAAUCCUGGUCGAAGUCACAACUCAGUGUCCAUACCAAAUGACUUGCCCAAGACUGUUGCAAGGACAUUGAACGAGGAAACAUCUCCAAUGAGCAUGGAUUUUCAUCCUGUUCAGCAGACCGUUCUGCUAGUUGGAACCUGUGCUGGAGAUGUAGGGCUGUGGAAUGUACAUUCUGGGGAAAAAUUGCUUUCAAGAAAUUUUAAGGUUUGGGAUAUUGAAGCAUGCUCAACGACAUUCAAGGCAGCUCUAUUAAAUGAUCCGCAAGUCUCUGUCAAUCGUAUCAUGUGGAUUCCUGAUGGUUCCUUAUUUGGGGUUGCAUAUUCGAAGCAUAUUGUGCAAUUAUUUUCUUAUCAUGGUGGAGAUGACACACGACAGCAAUUGGAGAUUGAUGCUCAUGUUGGCGGUGUUAAUGAUCUAGCCUUUGCUGCCCCUCACAGGCAACUUUUGGUCAUAACAUGUGGAGAUGACAAGAUGAUUAAGGUUUGGGAUGUGGUUACCGGUACCAAACAAUUUUCUUUUGAUGGUCAUGAUGCUCCUGUUUAUUCUGUCUAUCCUCAUAUCAAGCAAAAUAUUCAUGUUGUUUUUUCAACAUCCGUGGAUGGUAAAAUCAAGUUAUGGUUAUAUGAUGCUUUGGGAGCCAGAGUUGAUCAUGAUGCACCUGGUCUUGGUUGCACAAAAAUGGCUUAUAGUGCUGAUGGUAAAAGGCUUUUUUCCUGUGGUACCAGUAAAGAUGGACAGUCAUUUCUUAUAGAAUGGAACGAAAAUGAAGGUACUGCAGAAAGAGUUUACCAAGGACUUGUUAAAUGUCUUUCAUCUGUUGUGCAAUUCACCACAAUCAAGAACCAAUUUUUGGCUGCUGCUGACAAUCACGUGAUUAAAUUUUGGGAUAUGGACAAUGAGGAGCUUUUUACAACUAUUGAUGCAGAUGGAGGCCUACCAGCAAACCCACAUAUAUGCUUCAACAAGGAGGGCACAUUAUUGGCUGUUUCUGCAAAUGAAAACAGAAUCAAGAUCUUGGCAACGGAUUAUGGUCUUCAGUUGUUGCAAACAUCUGAAAAUUGUUCUGGAGGUGCCUCUCAGGUUCUCUCUGAAAAAUUGAGGAAGCUUGUUAUUAAUCCAAUUACAGUUGGUGGUAGUGCUGGAGUUGCUGAGGGAGGUCUUCCCAUGGAUGGGGAUGCAAAAAACUUGAACGACGUGGAAUCUAAAUCUACUGGAGAAGUCAUUAACAAAUCAAAGGUUUGGAAGCUUCUUGAAAUUAACAGUUAUUCUCAGUGCCAGUACUUGCGACUCCCUAAGCAUGUGAAGACAAAAAAAAUCUCAAGACUGAUCUACACACAUUCAGGUAAUGCCAUUUUGGCUUUGUCAUCAAACGCCAUUCAUGUGCUUUGGAAAUGGCCACAAAAUCACCUUAAUUCAAGUGGCAAGGCAACAACCAAAGUUCCCCCUCUAUUGUGGCAACCAAAGAGCGGCUUACAACUCAUGAGCAAUGACCUUACGGGCCCCAACACAGAAGAGGCUGUGCCCUGUUUUGCUUUGUCCAAGAAUGGUUCAUAUCUCAUGUCAGCAUCAGGAGGGAUGAUUUCCCUGUUCAACACAAUAACAUUUAAGACCAUGAUGACUAUCAUGCCUCCACCACCUGCAGCAACAUGUCUUGCUUUCCACCCUCAAGAUAACAAUAUAGUUGCUAUUGGCAUGGACAAUUCCAUAGUUUUGAUUUACAAUGUCCGCUUGCAUGAGGUCAAAGGCAAGCUUGAGGGUCACUCUAAAAGAGUAACUGGCCUUGCCUUCUCUAAUGCUCUGAAUGUACUUGUUUCUUCUGAUGCAGAUGCUCAGCUUUUUGUCUGGAACUCUGUUUCAUGGGAAAAACGUAAAAGCAGAUUAUUUCAGAUGGCUGGUGGAAAGUUACCAACAUCACCAUCAGACACCCAUGUCCAGUUCCACCAGGACCAGAACCACUUCCUUGCUGUACACAAGACUCAUCUUGGAAUAUAUGAAGCAAGAGAAUUAACUUGUGUUAAACAGUGGGUUUCCGGAGAAUUUUCUGCACCCAUCUCCGACGCAACUUUCUCAUGUGAUAACUGGAUGGUGUAUGCCAGCUUUGUGGAUGGAAGUGUGGCCAUUUUUGAUGCUCUGAAUCUCGAACUGCAUUGUCGGAUUAAUCCUACUGCUUACCUUCCUUGCAAUGCAAGUUCCAAUGUCUACCCGCAUGCUAUUGCUGCACAUCCACACAAACCAACCCAGUUUGCUGUGGGUCUUACUGAUGGUGAGGUUUAUGUCUUUGAACCUCAGGAGAUUGGAGGUAAGUGGGGCAUGCUGCCAUUGGUUGAUAGUGGAUCAACCACCAGCAUGCCUGUGGAAUCUGAGAGUUGAGAAACCCCAUCCUUGACUAAAGAAGCAAAAAUUUGGCUUGAGUUCAUAAAUAGAUAUAUAUAGUUAUAUAGGUACUAUUUUGCUGAGAAAGUUCAUAGACAAGCAAAUAUUCUCAUUUGUUCUCUUUUCUUUCUGCUCGUUUGUAUUCCUUCCCCCUCCCCUGUAUUGCUGAAUGCCUGUGUUGAGAAAUAGUCCUAAACACACUGGUCAUGAUCCCCAAAUAAUAUAUUCUGAGACCUCCUGAACAUUUAUAGCUUUACAUAUUAACUUUAAUAAAUGUCCCUCUCUUAUAGUUCCUCUCUUUAA